UGAAUGUUUCUACAACAAUGGCAAACUUGGAGGAGGAAGAGUUCUUUGAUGCAUCAGGUAUCUUUACUGAACCAGAGGGAGGCUCCACUGUGUCACUGCAGACUGAUGAUGCUUCUCCACCUGUAGCUAUUCACUGUGUUGGGACCAACAUAGUUUCUUUUGGUUUAGCACCAGUUGUUCCACCAGUUAGGUAUAAAUUUCUAAUAGAUUACACCAGUGACACACACUCAGGGACCAUGGAGACCAGAGACUGCAGCACUGUUGAUGUUGUGGGACUCAACCCUGGGACAGAGUACACCUUCAACAUCACAAGGAUUGCAGAAAAAGAGGAAAUAGCUACUCUGUCUGUAAUUACAGAGGCUGUUCCUCCCAUGGCUAUACAAGUCUCAGAUAUCAGCAAUGAGUCGCUCUCUCUCCAGUGGGAAAAAGCCUCUGGAGAAGUGGAGUCUUUCAUUGUUGCCUGCUGCAGUGAUGGUGAACUUGUGCAAGAGUUAGAAACAGAGACAAACAGUGUGACGUUCAACAGCCUGAGGCCUGGGGUUAGUUACUCCCUCCAUGUUUCAACACAACUAAGGAAAGGAACAAUCAGCAAGUCAGCUGUAAUAUCAGCCAAAACAAAAACAAAAUUGGAGAACCUGCUGGUGGAUCUAGGACUGGAGGAUUACAUGACAAAAAAGCUUUCACUCAGCAAGAUACUUCAAAUUGAAGGAAAGACCAUCACUGAUCAUCUUGUUAAGUGUAAAUCAGAACUUCCAUGGUACUUUCUAAAAAAACUGAUGAUGGUUAAUGUGACUUCAAGGAAUGUAAAAUGUACGUCUGAAAGCCAAUCUGUUUGUCAUGAUGCAAAUCAUACAAUAUUAGAUCUUUCAGACCUUGUCAGCACUACAAAUGCAAGUGAAAUACUCAACCCUCUUGAUUUAAUCACUGCUCUCUUCCUGUGUUCUGAUGGUUUUGUUCAUCAAGAAUUAGCUCUAAAAAUGUCCAUGUGUCAGUUCUCUGUUCCUCUGCUGCUUCCUAACUGUGAUACACAGCAGUGCACCCUCAUGCUGUGGGCCAUGAGAGACAUUGUUAAGAAGUACAGACCUCCAGMUCUUKCAGARUCAAAAGGKUUCAUAGAAGAAAGAAUAGUUCUUUCUGAACUUCCAAUGAUMUCAUUUGUGAGAYUGGGUGAGUGCUCUCUGUCCAAAUCAGAGAUCCUCAAUAAACUUMURWGYAACUCUCAGCAAUACCAUGACACCUUUGUUCACCAYRACAUGGAGUGUGGAGAYGUUCAGAGAAGAAUAUCCAAUGGACUGACUGAAAUGACCUGGUACCUUCCCUGUGGAAACAAAAACAUGGACAUCUUCAGUGAACCAGUUGCUAUAGCUAACCUUCGUGGAGACAUUGCUUCACAUGAAACACAAUUCUCCUUUUUGUGUCAGACAUCUGCUGCAGUUUUUGUUUUCUUUGAUGACCCUACAUUGAGUUUCAGGCUACUUUCACAACAAAACUUCAAGGCACAGAUAUUCCUGGUUGGUAAUCAUCAGAGCAAAACAUUUAGUCUAAAUGCUUUGGAAAAAGUAGCCACUGACUUAUGCUUGACAAACAGCAACAUUAUUUUGAAGACUAGGUCCAUGAAUGAUGCAGAUUUUGUCAAAAGUCUGAGGAAGACAGUUUGUUGUGUGGUUGAGAGGUCCAACACAAAUACACUUGAGCAGAUGGCUGACGUUGCCCAUGAGCUAGGAAUCAUGGUUGAUGAGGACUCUUCAGAGUGCCAGGCUGGAAAACAAAAUGCAGAUGCCAUCAUUGCAGAAAUACAAGACACUCUUCAAUACAAAGAAGAUCAGCUUCCCCUUCAAGGCCAAAUAUGGAAGGAACUGACAAGUGUAGAGAAGGAAGAAUUUCGCCUUCAAAAGGUUGGGUCACAAAACGUUGAAAAUUACAAAAGUGAUCUUCAGGAGCAAAUAAAAGAACUGCGGAAAAAACAGAAUUCUUAUGAUAUAUCAAGAGCAAUGACAUGCUUUAUCAAUGCAAUAUCCAGCCCAGGAACAGAGAGGCGCUUUUUUCUGAAAUGGCUAAGAAUGAACCUCGACAACCUGUCACGUAUAAAGCUUUCUGGACUCAGGGACCUCUACAAGGAAAAAUGCAAGGAUUCUGAGAACAAAGAAGAGAUCAAAGAAAUUGACCAACAACUUUCCAGCAGCUCACUGGGAGUUGAGCACUUCUUCCGUGAAAUGGGUCAGAUCUACGAAGCUUCUCUUUCUCUUCCAGAAACAGAUCCAUCACGUCAACAACUACAACAUCUGCCCAAACUCUGUGCUCAGUUGUUGCUGGAUGGAUUUCCUCUUGAGCUUAUAGAUGGAGAUGCUUCCAACAUUCCUCUCAGAUGGGUGAGUGAUGUUCUCUCUCAGCUCAAUGACUUGGUGUCUCCAAAGAACAAGAUCCUGGUCAUCACAGUUCUUGGAGUUCAGAGCACAGGGAAGUCCACUCUCCUUAACACCAUGUUUGGAGUCCAGUUUGCAGUCAGCAGUGGUCGAUGCACUAGAGGUGCCUUCAUGCUGCUCAUUAAAGUCAAUGAAGACUUCAAGAAAGUUCUAAACUGUGACUUCAUGGUGAUCAUCGACACUGAAGGCUUAAAGUCACCAGAGCUAGCACAGCUGGACAACAGCUAUGAGCAUGACAAUGAGCUGGCAACAUUUGUUGUUGGUCUGAGUGACAUCACCAUUMUCAAUAUUGCMAUGGAGAAUUCAACAGAGAUGAAAGACAUCCUGCAGAUAGUGGUGCAUGCUUUCCUCAGGAUGAAGGAGGUCGGCAAAAAGCCUCAAUGUCAGUUUGUUCACCAGAAUGUUUCUGAUGUUUCAGCCCAUGAGAAGAACCUGAGAGACAGGAAGCUGCUGUUAGAACAGCUGAAUGAGAUGACCCAGGCAGCAGCUAAGAUGGAGAAGAAAGAGGAGAACAAGAGCUUCACUGAUGUGAUGGAGUAUAAUCCAGACACAGGGAACUGCUACAUCCCUGGACUCUGGAAUGGAAACCCACCAAUGGCUCCAGUAAAUGCAGGAUACAGUGAGGCUGUCUAUGAACUCAAGAAAAACAUCAUCCAACAGCUGGGAAAGUGUGGGUCAACUUCUAAUAACCUCUUGGAGUUCAGAGAGUGGAUGACAAGCCUGUGGAACGCAGUAAAACAUGAAAACUUCAUCUUCAGCUUCAGAAACAGCCUGGUGGCUGAUGCUUACAUGAGACUCUGCACAGAGUACAACCAAUGGGAGUGGGAGUUCAAAAARGAAAUGUACARCUGGGUCACCAMWGCAGAAACWAGRAUUWCCAAUUUUGGUACAGUUGCUGSAAMAUCUGAAWYAUCUGAYRURRRKGAAUUCAUWGYUCUGCUGAAAAGUGAGGCAGAAAUCGAGCUGUCUAAAUGGGAAACAACUCUCCUUGCCAACCUUGGUCAGUAUUUCAAGAAAACAGAAGGUCAUGUUUAUCUGGUCGAAGGAUACAGAGAGGAAUUUUCAAACAGUGUAAAGUGCCUUCGACGAGAAAUUGAAAAUUCAGUGUUUAACCAGCUAACAGCAGCAGCUGACCUCAAGCAAGGGAUGAAAGAGCUGAAUAAAAUCAAGGAAAAUCAUACAAAAGAAAUUGAAAAAGCAGUGUGCCUAUUAAUUGAUGAGUGUCGAAAUAAAAAACUUAAUAUGGCAGACAAGGAGUUGAACAAAGAAUUUGAUAAGAUGUGGAAAAGUACUUUAGAGAAGCUGUCCUUUUCUGAACAGAAGAACACAGAUGUCUUUACAAGCGUUUCACGUUGUCUCAGAGUGAACAUGUCCCACAGGGGAAGUCUUGCAUCGCAAUUACUAAGUCAAAAGGAUCUGAAAAAGUGUGGCUUGGAAACCUUUAAAUACACUGCUGACGGAGCCUUGAAAAAAAUUAUACAUACAGUUAGUAAAUUUUUUAACAUUGAAGACCAUGUGAUGGCUGUACAGAAAAUGUCUGACAACAUUAUAGAGACUUGCACUCAAUUUGUUAGUGAAAAAACUGAAAGAAACAACAAAUAUCAUGACACAUACAUUCAAGAGAUUCUACAUAUUAUUGAUAAAAGUCUUCAGAACAACAAAGACAUAAAAACUGACACUGAGUUUGAGGUGUCUCUGAAACAACACAUCUGCGGCUUUGCAGCCAGAGACUUUCAGAAAAUGCAUGAAGAUUUCAUACAGAAAAAUGAUCCUUACAUAUGUCUGAAGAAAACCAAGGAAAAGUUUCGAGCAGAUUUCAAAGACGUCUUCCAUGAACGAGACCAAUGCCAAAAGAAAGCUGAAGAAUUCACCAACCAGUGUCUGAAACCUGCUGUUGAAGACUUUGUCUACAGAAAGAUGGGUCCUGAUAUCGUUGAUGAAAUGCUGACAAGAGAAGAGUUCAGCACACGAAUGUCCUUCCAAUAUUCAACUUUGCAAGAUUUGCUUUCAAACCAAAACAUUGAUGACUUCCUGAGCUACAGAUCCUCUUAUGAAAUUUAUGUUAAGAAAAGAAUACUUAAACAGAUAAAAACGCAGUUUUCCAGCUGCUCUGCAACACAAAAGAUUGAGGAAAGACACCUGAAGUCCAGUGUCACCAGCAUCAUUGAUGCCAUCAAUGCCGCAAAAUCAAAAAACUGCAGAGACCUCAAAACAUUUGUUGAAGAUCUCUGCAAAGAACUUGGGGAUAAAUUGGUCAUUUCCCAGGAUGCUCUUGGUGCCUUCAUGGUCCUGAACAACGCUGACCAGGAACAGUUUGCUCACUGGCUCUCAUCCUCUGUCGAGGGAAUGGCAAAAUGUCUUCAAGAGGAGUUGAAAGAAAUACCAUUUGAUCAAAAACUGAAAAAACUCAAUUUGAAACCCCAAAAUGAGCUUUUUGCCAGAGUGAUUGGUUGUGGCCGACAGUGUCCAUUCUGUGCCGUACCAUGUGAAGCAGGAGGAAAAGCCCACACUGAACACUUUGCGUCACUCCACCGACCACAAGGUUUUGGUAAGUUUAGGUGGGAUUCAUCAAGAAAGCUUGUCAUAGACAUUUGCUCGUCUCUUGUUAUCAGUGACAAACAGUUUCGCUGCAGUGCAACAAACAAUGAAUGGCAUCCUUACAAAAAUUACAAGGAAAUUUUUCCAUUCUGGAAAAUCUCUCCAGAUGUAAGCCUUCAAGCGUCAGACUACUGGAAAUAUGUAAUGACAAAGUACAACAAUGAUCUUGCUAAAGCAUAUAAUGCACUGCCAGCUGACAUCCCUUCAGUAUGGAGAAAUAUCACUGAAAUCCAGGCGAAAACAAGCCUUGAAGAUUCAUUUAAAAUAAAGUAAAGACAUUUUUAUGGUCCUUGGAACUGGGCACUUCUUGCAGUUAUAUUUCCCCAAGCACUCCUCUAAGACCCAACAUUUUUCUAAUGCAGAGUCCAGACCCCUUUCUGGUUCGUAAUAUCAUGUGGUGCAUUUCUGGAGCCUAAACACUAAAAUACUAUUUCAUUUUGUCCCCUCAGAUGACUAUGAAUUGACAAAUAUUUGACCUGUUAACUAUUUUAGACUGAUCUCUCUACAAUGUAAUACAGAAAACAUUCAACCAGUUAAAAAUGUUCUACAAUGUUCCUUCACAAAUUUGGAUUCUGAGCCUUUUCUUUUAUUACAUCUGGUUUCGAGGAACGUGUUAGGGUCCUCAUGUUUUCAAAUAUAAAUGUUCAUAAUUAUAAUGUAGAAUGAAGUGUUUGUUGAUUUACCAAACUUUUAAUGUGGGUCUGCAGAAACAUGUUGGUUUAGAUAAUAUAUAUAGAGAGAAACCAACUGCAAUUUAGUACUAAUUUUAAAUCUUUGUAUUUUUUCAGUUCAAUACAAACUAGGGUCAAAUCAAAACAUUUAAUUUGAAUAUAACGUGUGCUGUGAUCAAAUUUGCACAUAUAUAUAAAUUGUAUGACCAUAUAAAAGUUGUAAUAACAUUGCAUAUAUAAAGAAACAGAAUCUGACUUUAUUUUAAUUUUUAACUGUCUGAUCUAGUAAACUAUAUGAUGUAACCAAACAUUUAAAUGAUCAUCACUGUUUUGAAAGUUUAUGUCUUCAUCGUGGGAUAUAAUGCUGAAAGAUGUAAAAAAUUCACUGUGUAAAAAUCUGUUGUCUUGUUUUCCUUCUGAUUAAAAUGUUUUAACAAGGGAAACUAUUAACAUUUCUACUUGUGAAUUUUGAAGCUGUUUAGUUAUUUAGCUAAAACUGCUUCGCAUGACGGAGAGUGUCUCAUUAGAACACAACCCAACAUGUCAUAUUUGUAGAAUUUGCCUUGAUAAUUUUUGUUCUUUCACUUUUAUAUUACAGUCCCUUCUUUGUUUCUCAUAUUGACAUUAAAAUGUAUGAAGACAAUUGCAAAGCUGAAGUAAUACAAUAAACAAACCCAGUAAAGAGUGUG